CAUCCACAGUAGGAACACGAGCUGCUGUACGCACGCCGAAAAAGUAAAGUAUGAACCAGAUUUAUCUUUCUUGCUCGAGUCCAAACACAUACUUUUAUGUCAAGUGGUGUCUCUAAAUCGCCCUGCAGUACACACAAAACAUCUCCCAAUCAGAGACGAACCUGCUGGCCUUUCACCACCAUUACUCUUCCCUGUUAUGUUCAAACAGAAACUGAAAGUUUGAGGCGAAACGCCUUAAUAAGCCUAAAACGCUGACGCAUUCAGCAAGCGUAGCAUUCUGUAACGGCGUUAAAUAUUAAGAUAAAGCUGUAUAUUUUGCGCUGUUCUCAGUUUAUUGAAUUGUUCUCCUGAAUCAAGUUAACCAUUAUUUUCCGGUAUGUCGAGCACUGUGGAGCCGUGUCUGUCUCAAAGCUGCGGCUUUUCCUUCGAAAAUGCACGGAGAAAUGCUGUGUUAGAGGGGAACUUAUCUGAGCUCGGUUACAGUGCCCCUAAGGCCAGGAAGACCGGCACCACUAUCGCUGGAAUGAUGUACAAGGAUGGCGUGAUACUCGGAGCUGACACCCGAGCUACAGAUGACAUGGUGGUGGCUGAUAAAAACUGCAUGAAGAUCCAUUACAUUGCUCCGAACAUCUACUGCUGUGGGGCAGGGGUCGCUGCAGAUGCAGAGAUUACCACCCAGAUGAUGGCGUCCAACGUGGAGCUGCACUCACUCAGUACAGGGCGCCCCCCACUGGUCGUCACCGUGACCAGACAGCUCAAACAGCUGCUUUUCAGGUAUCAGGGCCACAUUGGUUCCUCUCUGAUAGUUGGGGGAGUGGAUGUGACAGGAGCCCAUCUCUACAGCAUCUACCCUCACGGCUCUACAGACAAACUUCCUUUUCUCACCAUGGGGUCCGGAGCUGCAGCUGCCAUUUCAGUGUUUGAGGAUCGGUACAAACCAGAGAUGCAGCUGGAGGAGGCCAAAACUCUAGUCCGGGAUGCCAUCACUGCUGGGAUCUUCUGUGAUCUUGGCUCUGGCAGCAACGUGGACCUGUGUGUCAUCACUAAGGCGGGGGUGGAAUAUCUCAGGGGUUAUGACCAGCCAGCAAAGAGGGGUCAAAAGGAGGGGAGCUAUAGGUAUAAGCCUGGAACCACACCAGUGUUGACAAAGACCGUUACCCCUCUCCCCCUGGAUGUCGUGGAUGAAUCUGUUCAUCUAAUGGACACCCAGUAAGCUAGAACGAGCCAGACUGGCUUGCAGUCUGCAUGCUGUUGGGGAAGCAGGCACUGACUGGAGGCUGCUUUCAGAAGAAGACAGGAAAAUGAUGACAUUCAAUAGGAUAACACAGAACUUUUUUUUUUUUUUUUUUUAUGAGUCAAUAAACACAGAUCGUCUUGAGCAAUAAAACCCAAAAAAUGCAAUUCAGUUCAUUUUACUUAUUGUCAGUUGAAUGCCUUUUAUUAUGUAUCAUGCUAAUUUGUUGCAAUUGCAUUAUGCUACUCAAGGUAUUUUACUCACAUAACUUUCAUAUUAAAACUUAAAUAUUUAAUUUCCUCAGUAAUGGUAAAUGCUUACAGUCGUAAACAUUUAGAAUUAAAGUGUUUCAGUAUAUGUUGAAACUUGCAGCGUACAAACAAUAGGGCGACACCUUGUUACAGGAUAUGUAUGACUUGAAUAAACUUGUUGUCGGUGCUAAA